CAGGAGUUAAGGAACGUUUCUUAUUUUUGCAGCGCAUUCCUGAGGCGGCCUGGGCCGAUGUCGUGAGGAGUUGUCGGCCCAGUUUGACGGUCACCUGAGCGCUGACGGACUUUCUUCUGAGACAUCAACCGGGUAGUGGGGUAAAAACGGUCGGGAACUAAUUAGACGCUGACAGAACCCGACACUGUACCAGAGUGUCCCACUCUGCUGUACAUACCGACGGGUAAAAAGCUAAGCAAUCCCGGGGUGACUAGUUUGAUAUCGAGGUAUUCCUGCAUUCCUCGCAGUCUUGCCCCGGAGACAGGGGGGACUUGAGCCCGAGAGGACCGGAAAAUUCGACUUCUUCCAGCCUUGGUCUCAAGUUCAGAGCGUGUCAUUGGCGGUGUCCUUCGGCGGGUCGCAGUCCACGGUCGGCUACAGGACGCACGUCUUGGAUCGUAAAGAAUCGGUGCCGCCUGGAGGUGAGGGGCAUUGCGCAGGGCCGCUUCAAGGCACAGUGGUGACCUCAGCAAGGUAGGUACCGGUUGUUUACAGAGCUCACCAUUUACACCGAUUCCUCGUGUCGUGGAGAACUGAUUUGAGGCGGACCAAGCAGGAGGUGGGCAGGCGUGUCUCUUACAGUCCGUGUGGUCACUUCAAGACAUUUUUUGUUGAGUCUUCAGACGGUGUGUUUCCCAGAGUCGUGUUACGUUUAAGCGACUCUAGGACAGAGACUCGACUAUUCUACCAUCCAGAGACACAGCGGCACAGUCUACCAACUGUUUGUAUGACUUACACAGGAGUCAAUUGAUCUAUGGAGUGUGGAGGCGUGGUAGCGCGUGUGCUCGAUUGUCUGUCCUGACCGUUUAGUCUCAGCACUUGAGCGGGCUGGCACAAAAACUUUUCACUCUAACGCGGAUGUCCAGAGGACAGGACUCAAGCUAAAGUCAACGAGUUACAAUCAAUCAACUCCGUGCGUUUCCGAACUUCAACACCCUGCCGUGUGUACGAGACUGAUAUUUCUCCAGCGGUUCCUGGAACGAGGUACUGGUUGUGUUUGUGUCGUCUGAUUUUUUUUUACUUCCCUCGUCGUAAGGCUUAUCGCUCCGGCACAAGUUUCCUCAUCGCGUGACGAUUCAUAUUUCACGGGGAACCUUGGAUGGAAAUCACGGUCUGUAGGCACUUGGGACUGUUGAUGUAAACUUCACCUCCAAAGUUUGGGACUCCUUUUCAAGUCCAAGGCCAAAUGAAGUGAGUUUCCGUUUCUUAUACAUUUCGCAGCAAGCCGUCGGCGCCAAGUAGUAUUCUCCAACGUUCAGUCUAUCGUAUGACAUUUUAGGUUUAUUUGAUUAUAUACGAAAUUUCACAGACUUAAACGUUAUUAGGAAAGUCUCUCGGUCUCCUCUGGGAGUGCUUUAGUCUUUAGCACGGACACCGUUCAUGUUUGGGUAACCUUAAGACCCCAUUAACGAGGGUAAGGAUCCUGAAUGACCGAUUGUCUCACAGCGGGAGCAUCAUGGGACGUGCGGGUAUGAUUUCACUUUAAUAGGAAGUCUUUCACAAGUGGAGGGCUCCGUGAGACGAUGCAAUCUUAUCAAGAGAGGAGGUAAUGAAUGAGGAGUGAAAACGCCUGCAAGGUUUAGUACCGAACCAGAUUUAACUGUGGCUUCACGCGUAGGAGGAAUUUAGGACUUUGACUCAAAUCUGGAGCUGCUUUAUCAACCAUUUGAACUGUGCUAGACAGACAGAAGUAGAAAGCCACAAUGAAGGUGCGUCGUACGUCCACCCUUUUCGUCUUGGGUCUGAUCGUGCUUCUCGGUCUACUACACCCGACGGUGUCCGAGGAGAUCCGAACGGCGGGACGCAUGGAGGACAACCGGUGCAUCUGCACCUUCAUCCCGCCGUACAUCGCCGCGGACUCCCCGCGGUCCAACUCCGUGCAGUGCCCCGCCGGAAGCACCGAGGACGUCCCGUUCCUGAAGCGGGAAAUGGAGUUCCUGCAGCAGCAUCACAUCGCCAACCGCAAGCAGCUCAACUUCCAGACGGAACGUCUCCAGAACGUGUCCGUGCACAUCUGGCGCCUGGAGGAACGGUACAGGGAGAGACUGGGCCAGCAGAGAACCUGGGAGGUGAGACUCCUCUCCCUCAUCGAGGAAAAUAAGCAACUGCGAGGAGCCGUCUUUAAACAGGACGAGAAUCUGAAGCUCGUGACUUCCAGGCUGGAAUCCAUGACCAGGGAGUUGACGUAUUUACGCGACUUGAACUGGAGAAUCCAGUUUCGGGUCCAGCAGGAAUCCUUGAAGAACAAGAUGUACCGGCAGACGGUGGAGGAGAUACGGAAGAGGCUAUUCGCGGCGGAGGGGGACGUAGGGGAGUUCCUGUGGGCUCUGACGAGAGUGUUGGCAACCAUGCCGCUGUCAGCGCGCCAAAAGUUGCACGAGAUGGUGGCGUUGGCGCAGACGACACCGACCGAGGAGCCCGAAAAGGCGGGAAAACCGAACGCUUCCUGGGAGCCCAUCCCGACUGAUCCCACCGAGGAGGAGAGAGAGUUCGUCGCUACACCAAAACCACGGAGGCGCUCCGUGAAGAAAAUGCCAGGCACGUAGA